AUUUUUUCUCUUCCUUCAUAAUCACUAUUAUCAAAUUAUGUAGGGAUGAGCGUGGUUUUUUUUAAUAAAACUAGACUUGACCAGAGCCUUGAGAGUCCAGACGCCGCUCUUCGUCGCUGAUCACCUCAGGUCUUUCUAAUGCUGGUUCGCUCGCAGUCCGCAGCCGCUGAUCGCGUCUUCGAGGGUGUUGAGAAGCUCCCAGCGGCUGAUUGUGAAUGAGAGAUUAUCUUUGGCAUGUGAAAAAUGCUGGCCCCAAAUCCCGGCUCUGUAAUGGAAUCGCUAAUCAGACAAGGAAGAAUCGUGCACACAAGAAGUAGUUCAUCUCAGUGAAGAUGAAGAGAAAAAGGGACUUGGACAUGGCAACAUUGUCCUUGACAGGUGGAGAUAGUGAGUCACUGGGAACUGAAUUUGAGGUGUUCUUGAAUUUCAGAGGGCUGGACACUCGCCUUAAUUUCACUGAUCACCUCUAUCACUCCCUUGAUGGAGUUGGGAUUCGCGUCUUCUUAGACGAUGCAGAGAUCCAAAAAGGUGAAAAGAUUGGAGGCGAGCUUCUACGUGCAAUCAACAACUCCAGAAUUUACGUGCCCAUCUUCUCCCAAGACUAUGCCUCUAGCGCAUUGUGUCUCCGCGAGCUCGCCCACAUGGUGGAAUGCUUGAGAGGAUCAAUGAACAAAGUGAUCCUUCCCAUUUUCUUCGAUGUCGAUCCUUACGAUGUUAAACUCAGAACUGGAUUAUACAUCGAUGCCUUGAAAAGGCACAAGGAGAGGUUUGGCACCAAUGAAGUACAACAGUGGGAGGAGGCUCUGACAGAGGUCGCUUCGAUCAAAGGAUGGCACUGCAAGGGUAGAGGCCAAGGGGAACUCAUAAAACUUGUUACCGAUGAGGUAUCAAGGAAACUGGCAAGAGGAGCUCGAAUAGUGCCUGAUCAUUUGGUUGGAAUUGAUCGUCAAGUGAAAACCGUGAUGGAUUUGUUAGACAAAGACUCUCUCGAUGUGCGGUUUGUUGUAAUACAUGGAAUGGGCGGAAUUGGUAAGACAACUCUUGCCAAAGUUGUUUUUAAUGAAAUUACUUCUCAGUUUGAUGGUUGCAGCUUCCUGUCAGACAUUCGAGAAUUUUGGCAGCAGGGUAAAAUUGUGAAAUUGCAAAACAGAUUAUUGUCUGACAUCCUCAUGUCUACGUCCAUAAAUAUUUAUGAUACUGACUCUGGGAUCAACAUGAUUAGAGAAAGAUGUUGCCACAAGAAAGUUCUGAUUGUUCUUGAUAAUUUGGAUAAUAGGGACCAACUUGUGAAGCUAGCAGAAAAGUGUGAUUGGUUUGGUCCGGGGAGUAGAAUUAUCGUGACAACUAGGGAUAUCAGUUUUUUCAAAAAGAACAAGAAUAAUGCCUCAAUGCAUCCUAAAGUGUAUUGCUUCUAUGAAAUGGAGGAGAUGCAUAAUUCUUAUGCUAUUCAACUUUUCAGUAGAUAUGCAUUUGGGAGCGAUGCUCCUCCACUUGAAUUUGACAGAAUAACAAGAGAAAUUGUGAAAAUCACUGGUGGACUUCCACUGGCUCUUGUGGUUAUUGGAUCCUCACUUUACUGCGAGGGUAAAGAAGUAUGGGAGGAUAUAUUAGCCAAGCCGGAGAAAAUGCCUCACAAAGAAGUUCAGGACGUAUUGAAGGUAAAUUAUGACAUGUUGGAAUACGAGCAGAAAGAAAUUUUCCUUGACAUUGCAUGCCACAUGGCCGGUGAACACAGAAGUGAUGCAAUUUUUAUGUGGAGAUCUUGUGACUUUUUUCCCAUUGAAGCCAUCACAGCUCUUGUUAAUAUGUCUCUGAUAAAGAUAAUGAAUGACCACAUUUGGAUGCAUGACCAACUCAGAGUUUUAGGGAGGGAACUUGUUCGCAUGGAGAGCAUUGAACAUCCUGGAGAGCAUAGUAGAAUAUGGUGCUCCACUGUAGCUGUGGAUGUUAUACAAAGAAAAGAGGGAACAAAGAAAAUAGUGGCACUCAAAGUAGGUGGGCAAUCUCAAGUGUGCAAUAUUACACGUGAAGACAUUUUAAGGCUGGUGAAAUUAAGGAUCCUUGAAUUGGAUGGAGGAAACUUUGUAGGGGACUUCCAAAAUCUCCUCUUGGAGCUAAGAUGGCUCUCCUGGAAAAAUUGUCCGUCAGAGUUUCAAGCUACUAACUUCUCUCCAAACAAUCUAGUUGUCCUCAAAAUUUCAGAAUCUGACAUUACAAAUGAUUGGGGUGGAUGGAGCCAAAUCAUGGGAAAGCGUAGAUUAAAAGUUCUGCAUCUCGUGAGUUGUAGAAGGUUGAUCAAGACGCCUGACUUCUCUACAUGCUUGACUUUGGAGAGACUCAUUGUGAAGGAUUGUGAUAGGCUCAUUGAGAUUGACCCAUCCAUUACUAUGCUGAAGCAUUUGAAGCACUUGGAAGUUAAAGGAUGUAUUGGUUUAAGGGUGCUUAAAGGAGCUCCAACAACGCUCAAUCUAGGCAUGGCACGUCAUUCAUGGCCAGACUCAUUAGGUAAUCUAAAGCAUCUGUCAAUGUUAAAGAUGGAAAAUAUGGAACUCCUUGAACUUCCGGAUUCAAUAGGAGAAAUAGCUGGUCUUCAAAAGUUGUCUUUAAGAAACUCAUCCGUGAAUAAACUUCCAGAGUCAAUUGGGAAACUAAAAUUUCUAGUCAAGUUGAAUCUAUCUUGUACAAACAUUAUAGAGCUGCCUGGUUCAAUUGGAGAGCUUAAGAGAUUGGAGAAGCUUGAUGUGGGAGAAUGUAAAUUAAGAAAGCUACCUAAGGUGAUAGGGAAGUUGGAGAAGCUUGCACGAUUAGGUGCCGGCGAGUGCAGAUUUUUGGAGGGAGAAAUUCCGAUGGAAAUUGGGGCGCUAUCAUCUUUGAAAGAGCUAGACUUAUCAGGGACCCGUAUUUCUGAAGUGCCACCAAGUAUUAGUCAGCUUUCUCAACUUCAAAAUUUGGAUUUGCUGGAUUGUAAUGAGCUUCAAGAAUUACCAGAGCUUCCUACAAGUUUGGUACGUUUGGACAUUUCAUCUUCAGCAUUACAAAGGAUUCCGGAUCUGUCAAACCUGACCAACUUAAGUUUUCUGUGGUUAUCAGAUUAUGGUCAUCGUAGAUAUCUUAAUAUGCCUUGUGCACCACCAAAUGCAUGCCAAUCUCAAGAUUUGCAAGGGAUUGGGAGGUUAACUAAGUUGAUUUGGUUGGCAUUGGACCUUGUAGAAAUGACUGUGUUACCUGCUGACUUUUGUGCCCUCACUGAACUCGAAUGUCUCGAAUUACCUGACUUCACCUUUCAAUCUCUCAAUUGGAUUCCGCCCAAAAUUAAGUUCUUGAGGUUUUAUGAUCUUGAGUCCACAGAUGGAUGGUCAUGCCUUCACUCCUUAAAAUAUUUGUCCAGAAUGGAUGUGUGCAGGUCGUGCUUAACAGAAAUUCCACUUGAUGUGAUUGGACAGUUGGAGAACCUAAGAGAAUUGCAUGUAUUGCACUGUCUAUUCCUUAAAAGACUGUCCCAUAUACAAAGCUUAAGAAAGCUAGUGGUUUUGGAGGUUAGUCAUUGCCCUUUGCUAGUUGAGAUUCAAGGUCUGAAACAAUCAGAAUCAGUGGAGAGUUUAACAAUUUGGUCUUGCCCGUCUUUGAAAGAGCUACCAGAUUUGUCCAGCUUACAGAACUUGAAGAAGUUGGAGAUAUCUCAUUGCGACUCCUUGGAAAGUUUACCUAUUGUAGCGAACAAGGAAACACGUGAGUCGUUUCUUUCCAAAUGUGGGAUGCUGCCUUGCAUUUACUAGUACAGCAUUUGAAUGGCAUGCUGAGAAGCUAUUGCCUGCGUCUGAUUGACUUUGUUCACUCACCAUCUUCCCUAUUUGUAGCUUGUGAAUACAUAAACAUUCUUAUCCUUACACUGACAUUGAAAAGAUGCUACGUUUAGCUCUCUUUUAAUUCUUGUACGUAAGAUGUGAUGAGACUCAAAUCUUUUCGUGGCUAAUUAUUUGGGUCAUUUGCCGCCAA